CGGCGGCCACGGUGGGGGCGGAGGGUGGCUCUGCGCCCACGAUGUUCCCCGUGCCACCCUGAAAACGCGGCGGCGCGGGGGCAUGGCAGAGAUGCGACCGGGGCCAGUGACCGGGACGCAACUCAACGCGCUGCCCGAUCACUCGCCUCUGCUACAGCCCGGCCUGGCCGAGCUCAGGCGCCGGGCGCAGGAGGCGGGCGUCCCGCAAACCCCACAGCCACUCACCGACGCCUUCUUGCUGCGCUUCCUGCGCGCCCGGGAUUUCGAUCUGGACCUGGCCUGGCGGUUAAUGAAAAACUAUUAUAAAUGGCGAGCAGAAUGUCCAGAAUUAAGUGCAGAUCUACACCCUAGAAGUAUCAUUGGACUUUUGAAGGCUGGCUACCAUGGAGUUUUGAGGUCCAGAGAUCCUACCGGCAGUAGAGUUCUUAUUUACAGAAUUGCAUACUGGGAUCCAAAAGUUUUUACAGCCUAUGAUGUAUUUCGUGUAAGUCUGAUCACAUCAGAGCUCAUUGUUCAGGAGGCAGAAACUCAACGGAAUGGAAUCAAGGCCAUAUUUGAUCUAGAAGGCUGGCAGAUUUCUCAUGCUUUCCAAAUUACUCCAUCUGUGGCCAAGAAGAUCGCUGCUGUACUUACAGAUUCCUUUCCAUUGAAAGUUCGUGGUAUCCAUUUGAUAAAUGAGCCAGUCAUUUUUCAUGCUGUCUUUUCCAUGAUUAAACCAUUUCUGACUGAAAAGAUUAAGGGCCGGAUUCAUCUGCAUGGGGACAGUUAUAAAUCAACCAUAAUUCAGCACUUCCCAGACAUUCUUCCUCUGGAAUAUGGUGGCAACGAGUUCUCCAUGGAGGAUAUUUGUCAGGAGUGGACAAAUUUUAUAAUGAAGUCUGAAGAUUACCUGAGCAGCAUUUCUGAGACCAUCCAAUGAGAAGUUAUUUCCCGUGAAUGUCUUAGUCAUUAAAAAUUCAAGAAUGGGAUCCUAUCUGGUUACUAAAUUCAGAAGUAACCCUUCUAAAUGAAUUGAUGCUUAUCUGAUCUUUAAACAUUCAACAUGGAUAUCUGGGGAAUGGCUUAACUUUUCCAAUGCUCUGUUCCUUUUAUAUCAAUUAAAUGCUAGAAGAGACGCGAAGGGCAGACAUAGCUAUAUCUAAAGUACGUGUUCCUGUGUAUCUUUGUAUGGUUCGGGAAAUUUUUAUGAUCAUAUUGUUUAAUACUAGACUGAACACCAGUCCACUGGAAAGAAACAUUGAGCGUAUCAACUGAUGUGAAACAGUGUUAGUGCUCAGUUGCAGUUGGUGUCAGGUUACAUUUCAGACUGCAAUCUGAAUAGCUUUAUGUUGGCAGGAUAGCUCAUCUCAGGAAAGGCCUACUUUAGCAUAUGCACACAGAAGCCUACGAGUGUACAUCACACACUAUUAAUACUGUAAUCAAUGAAAUCACUGUGGUUGAAAAAAUUAUUCCCUUUAGAAAAUAUUCUGAGCACAACUGAUGGUUUCUCAUAUAGUCUUGUAUUUGCAAAUAAGUAAAGGAUAUAAUUAUGGCUUCUGUUUAUGACUUAGAUGGGAAAGUAGAGGUACAUGUCUUUUUUUUUCUUUUUUUUUACUUUAUUCAUUUUUGUAUCCCCCCAUAAGCGCCUCCCUCCUCCCCUCCCGGUCCCACCCUCCCUCCCUAUCUGCAUGCAUGCCCCUCCCCAAGUCCACUGAUAGGGGAGGUCCUCCUCUCCUUCUUUGUGAUCUCUUUUAAACAGACUGUUCAUACUUGAAAAUUUAACAGAACUACACAAGUGAAAGGAAGUGUUUACAUUUUUAACCACCAGCAGUUAUGUCUAGUAUUUUUCAGAUUGUUCAUAAAAUAACUUGAGUUUUACUAUUAUCUCAGAAUAUUUUAAGUCCCACCAUUGCUGUUUAAUUUAAACAGUCAGUAGCUCUCUGUAUCAUGGUGCAGUUCAUUUCUAAGGCUUUCAUUCAUUGAGAAAGGUGUACUCUAAUCCCAUAUUCAGUACAAUCUUCAAUUUCUGGCAUAAUUUUUUACUUAAUGUUUUUUAAAUUAAUUUUCUUUUGAACUUGAAAGAAUACAAUAUAGAGAAUUUGUUGAAUUUGUGUUCAACUGUGUAGGCUUCAACAUUAAUCAUAAAGAGUAUCUUUGUGUAGUAUAUUUUUCAUUGUACAGGGGUGUUUUUCUUUAUAAGAAAAUAAGUCUAAUCAGAUGAGCUGACACUUAUGAUUCUCUGUACAUAUACCUCUGAAAAAACUGAAAUGAGUGAUGUUCUUUAGAGAACAUGUCUAAUUUUGAUUUAGCAACUAGAUGCUAACUUUACUAUUUGAUUUUACUAAAAAAGCUGUCUUUUUUCUUAAAAAAUAAUGUUCUUUAUUAAAUUAUAAAAUUAAAAUUGUAUAAAAAUAAUAGAAAAUCAGCUAAAGUAAUAAUGAGUAACACAAUACCUCUGGCUUAUCAAGCUUUUAAUCGCAGAAACUCAAUCACCUUCUUUACAUGUUGCUAUUAAAUCAUUUGCCAUGACUCUGAAGCAAUGGCACAAUACAAUAAGGGCGCAUGUUUUAAAUGUCUACACUAGUGAAGUAAUUAACAAGAAACUGGAUUUUAAAAUGUCAAUCAGUGUAAGUGCAUUCUAUGAUGGGGCUUUCAAAUGUUUGUAAAAUGAAGCAAGCCUAUGAAGACCAUCAAUGAACAAUGUGAGUAGACAGUUUGAAGGGUGCUGUGUGGUAUUCUCCAUGCUGCUGCACUGCAUUUGUGACAGAAGCACUUUCCAAGAGGGAACUCAAUAGGUGCUCAGUGUGUUGCUGAACUUCACAGUAAUUUGCUUUAAUAUUGUUAAAAAUAAACAUCUUUCUCAUAAA